CCUUACCUGGCCUACAUACACUACCUUUGAUAGUUGCGUCGUCACGGUAUCUGCAUCUGUAUCUGUACGCCUGGCUUCCCGUCCGUUGCCUUGCCUAUCUAUCGAGGAGCAAUACGGAUACCUAGGGAUACAAACCAAAAAGAAAAGGGGGGAAGAGAGGCUGCGAGCGUUCCGUCCUCGCCUCGACACCGGGUACCAGACUCCCCCCCUCCCUGGAAUACCUGUCUAUCGGGUUUGCAGCGUGCGGGAUAUCACUUUCCGCUGCUGUCACGGGUCGGAAUGGAAGGAAUGAAUGGCACUGCGGAUCCCACACCAGCCCACUCUCUCCUCAUUACCCUCGUACUUUUAUUGAUUUAUGUCCAGAGCGAGAGAGAGAGAGCCGCCCGCUUGUUCCAAUGUUUCUGCUCAUUUCGCCUUGUUUGCUUUUUUCUCUCCUGCCCCCCUCCCUCCUCUUUCCCUGCAAGAUUAGGCACUGAUACCUCCUCCUCCAACGUCGAAUGGGGCUUCAAUAUAAUUCCACUUUAGAUAACCAUACAUAUACCUACCUACAUGCCCUUGUCACGCUGCCGCUGCUGCUGCCUGCGAAAAGCGU